ACUUGCGCUUUGUGAUAGGUCCGACGGCUUCUGGGAUCUGUCAUGUGUCCCAGGUACCACCUUACCAUUCACAAAAUGCACCGCUUCUUGCGCAUGCGCACUUGGCACCCGGCUGUCAAGCCCAGCGCCCACACUACAGAAGCCGGGAAGACAGUGCGCCGCUGGAUAGAGGAACAGGUAAGGUCCCGCUGCAGAGCUGAGCGGCCGGCCCGAUAUUCUGACACUGCGGAGGUGGAAAUACCGGAUCGGCCGCUCCAUAUUCGCUCCAUAAGACGCACUGAC